AAUUGAAGUCAGUAUAAAAGGACGAUUCGGAAGCAGUAAAACACUAUUCAUUAGAAAUAAUUCCAAUUGCUAGAAACAAAGAAUUUCAAGAGAUGAUGAGAUUCCAGACCAUAUUCUUUUUGACGGCAUUGACCACAAUGACAGUAUUCGCCUAUUCACCAACAGACAAGCACGCAUUAGAUAUACAUGGAGUGAAAAAGGUUUUACAGGCCGAAAACACAGUUGGAAGAAACAUACACGGGCUUCGUGGUGGCGGAUCCCUUUCAGUACUGGAUGUAAUUGAUGCAAAUAGACGAACAGGAUCAAGAGCUGUUGGAACAUCCCAUGGAAUAGGCAAUGAAUUUAUAACACGCGGGUCAUCAGGAAGAAGAGGACUAUCUGGGGGUUCUGUUGGAGACAGGACCUCUGUAUCUGAAAUCAUUAGAGGUUCUUCAGUUGGUAUGUCCCGUGCUUUAUCUGACGAUGACAGUAUCAGUAAGUGCCAUUAUGGGUGUGGAGGUGACAAAUUAUGUCGUUCAGGCCAUAAAUGUGUACAUGAUGGUUGUAGCAGUUACUGCGUCGAUAUUUCUUCUGGAAGUAGAAUUGGUGCAUCUGGAUUGUCGGACUCUAUAAGAAGGGGAAACACAGUCUCAGAAAUAAUUAGAGGUUCAUCAUCUGGCUUGACCAGAGUUUCAAGUAAUGAUGGACAUUUAUCCUCUGGCAGCAGAAUUGGUUCAUCCGGUCUGGCUAGAAAUUUGGACCUAUCUAGCAAUUCUCAUUUGGAAACUAUUGGUAAAAGCCGUGCAAUAUCUGGUCAUACAGGUUCGGAUAUUCUUGACGCAAUUACCUCUAGACGAAGUGGGCUAGAUGUAUUAGACACAGUUUCCUUAAGACGAAGUGGAUCAGUUAGUUCUUCAGGUUCAGGAGUAGUUUCUCAGUCAAUGGUAGGAGGAAAAACUGGUUGCAAAAAGGAAUGUCAUCGUGAUGGAGAUUGUCCAACAAACAAAUACUGUGCAACUGUUAAUUGUCACAUGAUUUGUCGAAGAAGGCCGUCCAAUGGAUACACACGAUGAACAGAAUAUUGCUGAAAUCUCAACUUGUUUUAUAAAACAAACCAUCUUUUUUUAUAAAAUUAAAUGUUGAAUACA